GUCAUCUUUAAACCCCAGAAAGAAUCUUCUUCCGUUUAGCGCCACGACUCACAGCGAGAGAGCCACUGUUGGGGUAUAUUUUUUAACAGUUUAUUCAACCAGGGCGUAAAAGGCAAGGGAUAGUGGUUAGGUGACACAUAAUGGGUUUUUGAUAAGCAAGAAACUGGGUGUUUGUUGGUUCUGUGACAGCAACAAAAACACUGAGGGGGAAAAACCCGAACGCACCAAGUCAAGGAAGGCGUUGUUAUUAGCCUGCUAGCUAAGUUAGCUAUCGUUAGCUUUCAAGGCUAAAAUAACGCGUGUUUCUUUAUUUGUUGCUGUCUUGCUCGUUUUUUCUUUCUGUUACGUGACUACAUCGGGUCCAGUCUAGUGCUUUUUAUCCGGAGAUGAGCGCAAGAUGUCGGUUUCGGGACUGAAGGCCGAGCUGAAGUUUCUCGAGUCCAUUUUCGACACAAACCACGAACGCUUCAGGAUCAUCGACUGGAAGCCUGAUGAGCUGAGUUGCCAGUUUAACGUGACCGGAGAGAAGCUUCUCAUUAUCCACUGCAAUAUCACGGAAUCCUAUCCAUCAACGCCUCCGUUAUGGUUUGUGGACUCCGAUGACCCAAGUCUGACCCAAAUAUUGGAACGUCUGGAGGAUGUAAGAAAAGGCAAUACGCUGCUCCUGCAGCAGCUGAAGAGGCUGAUCUGUGACCUGUGUAGGCUGUAUAAUCUACCUCAGCAUCCCGAUGUGGAGAUGCUGGAUCAGCCUCUUCCCACUGGCCCGGUCAACCAAGAAAGAAAGCAUGGUACUACAGAUGAAGUAACUUCAGAGGAAGAAGAGGAAGAGGACAUGGGAGAGGACAUAGAGGAGCUCGAUCACUACGAGAUGAAAGAGGAGGAGCCGGUAGACGGAAAGAAGUCCGAGGAUGACGGCAUAGAGAAAGAGAACCUGGCUAUCCUCGAGAAGAUUCGCAAAAACCAGAGGCAGGACCACUUGAACGGAGCGGUCUCGGGCUCCGUCCAAGCCUCAGAUCGUCUAAUGAAGGAGCUUCGUGAGAUUUAUCGAUCUCAGAGUUAUAAAUCAGGUAUCUAUUCCGUGGAGCUCGUUAACGAUAGCCUAUACGAGUGGCACGUCAAACUAAGAACAGUCGAUCCAGACAGCCCUCUGCACAGUGACCUUCAAGUGCUGAAAGAGAAGGAGGGCAUGGAUUACAUCCUUCUCAAUUUCUCCUACAAAGACAACUUUCCCUUUGAUCCACCAUUUGUACGUGUAGUUUCUCCCGUGCUGUCUGGAGGUUAUGUCCUUGGAGGAGGGGCCCUGUGCAUGGAACUACUCACCAAGCAGGGCUGGAGCAGUGCCUAUUCCAUCGAGUCUGUCAUCAUGCAGAUUAAUGCCACUUUAGUUAAAGGAAAAGCCAGAGUGCAAUUUGGAGCCAAUAAGAACCAAUACAAUCUUGCCAGAGCACAGCAGUCAUACAAAUCACUGGUGCAGAUCCAUGAAAAGAACGGCUGGUACACACCACCCAAAGAAGACGGAUAAGACGGAAAAACAUCUGUUCAUUCAAAGCAAGGACAGACUACAUUGGAGUCAACAGCUGUUUUUCUUUCAUGUUUUUCCCCUCCCCUUUCUAUCUUUUUUUUUUGUUUUGUUGUUGUUUUUCACCCUUUCAUCGCCUUGCUAGUCGGAGAUUCAUCACGUCUGGAUUAAAGACUUGUGAACCAAGCCAGCUUGGAGAGUUAACGGGUAAAGCAUACUCCUCUUAGCGCAUCCCCUGUACUACGCGUCACCGCUCAUUCUGUCCCGCUAGUUCUCCGCUCUUCCUGCUUUCUCUUUGGCUGUUUUGGUUGGCAGAGCAAAAUUUGACACGGCAGAGUUUUUUUUGAGCGAUGCCCCAUGAGCUGCCGCUUCACGGACAGACGUCUUACGACCGGAGUCAUCCUGCGCAUCAAUGCCAAGGUUUCUAAUAAAUAACAAACUUUUGGACAUCAGCGCUCACCCAAGCCUCCCUUAUUACUUUAAGACUUUUCAAACCUGAACAUAAUGGAGAAGGAGACUAGGGGGAGACAUUAGGUUUGCCUGGAUGAGACUCAAGCGAUUGAUGCGUCAUGAAGAAUCCACUUUUUUUUUUCCCUUUUUUUAAAUAAAUAAAGCGAUGGAGGUUCAAUUUCAUCACGACUCCAUCCUGUCAGUCUCUCCUGAGCUUUUUUUUCGCCCCCUUUGGAAAGUCUGACACGUUCACUGUAAAGUCAUCGAAAGGAUUUUCACCUGCAAGUAAACUUCUAAAAGACAAAAAUACGCAGAGAUUGAACUUUUGAAUUUCAAACUUAAAAACAUGCCUGCGUGGCUGUGCAUUGUCAUCCUUGAAGAUUUAUCUCGCAAACAGAACAAGGAUAAAUUACUUAAUGGAUAUCUUCAUUUUGACAAAAAGGAAUAUUUUAAACAUGUUUUAUGUACACAUUAUGAUGACUACUGCUGUUUUUUUUUUUUUGUUUGUUUAUUUUCUUUUGUUUUUUCUCCCCUUAUGAGAAGUGAUGUGUGGCUUUCGCUGUCUAACUGCAAUUGUUGACCAUUCCUCUUUAACCAGUGUGAUUCCUGCUGUGUUUAUUACAUUGACAUUGACGCCGUUAUGUAAACCCUUUUUUUUUUUUUUUUUUUUUUUUUUGUUUCAUGUAAAAUCUGGCACAUAGCAAGGUCGAAGUGUUAAGCAGUCAGUACAAUUAUGCAGCGUUUAUUAACUAAAGCCACCAAAUGAUGAGAGUUAUUUAUGAUGCCCUGUUCAAUCUGUAACAUGACCAUUAUUGCCUUAAAAAAAAAAAGGAAAGAAAAAAAAAAAAAGAUUCCCUUUCUAACAUCGCUGUACACAGUGUAGAUGUGCCUAGAUUACAGCUUGGCCUCAAAUCUUUCUUCUGAUCAGCUUCCUAAUCUACACACAGUCAGUUGGUUCAUGACCCGAGCCUUCAUUAUGUCUGCAUAAGUUUUUUUUUUUUUUUUUUUUUUUCUUUUCUUUAAAGGGUCUCCUCCUUGACCAGAAAUGUUGAUCCAAUUGGGCAAUUUUCAUCCUUUUCUGUUUUAAAUGCCUUCCAUAUUAUUGUCAUUGUCGUUCAGUUAUUAUUCACAUGCACCUUUAAAUAGCUUAUUGUUACUGUUGAUCGGUGGCGUCUCAAAUUAAAUUUUUGGGUCAAAAAAGGGAGGAUGUGAUGUUAAUGAUUUCUGCAGCAAUCUAAAAUGGUAAGGGGAUAAUGUGUUGUCUGUAUUUAAGGAAAAAUCCACCCUGAAUGACUUUUGAAUUAACUUUGUGAUUCUUAAAUUUGUCCAUGGUUUAUAUUCUAGUCAAAUUCUAAUGAUUUUAGAUUACACAUCUUUCGAUGGCAUGUUGCACACUUUAACAAUUUAUGACCCACAGUGACCUUCUACGGUGUUGACAAUGGUGCUUUGGGGGUUUAUCCUCUCAUUUCACCUUACAAGAGCCAUGUGGCCGCGCUUUCGUCUCUGUCCAAAAAGAAAAAUCUCUCAAACUGAUGAGAUUCUACAGCUUUCAAACUUUGAACUUCGUCGUUUCAUAGAUCAGUAAUUCUUAGAGCCGUGUCACAAGGAUUCAAUAAUCAUAUUAGCUGUUGUUUUUUUUGGUUUUGUUUUUUGCAUUUGGGAACUUUUGCAUCAACCAUUUGCACAAAUUUUUUUAUUAAUUCUACACUGGAUUUCUCAAUAGUCUGAUUUGCUGAAAAAUGGUGAGUAAGAAAGUGAACCUUUUUUUUUUUGCUUGUCGAUUUACAAUGGAGACGCAACAAUGAGAUCAGCGCAGCAGUAGACAACCACUGACCGGAAUAAGAAAGAAAAAAUUAGUAAAUAAAAAGCACACCAGUAAUAAGCACCUGACUCUUAGAGUAUUUUAAUAAAAACUCGUUUUAUGUGUUUCAGGGUGGAAUUUUCUUUCACAUCUUGCAUGAUUGUUUUAUAUUUAGGAGAGUGAAGCCUCGAUAUAGAAGCUAAAGAUCUGGCAACCCCUUAUAAUAAAGUCCAACUUGUUUUUUUGUUUUUUUUUUUGUUAGAUUUUUCCUCCCCGCUAUUUUAAAUCUGAUUCUUUCCCAGCGCUUUAGUGGUUUUAUUAUAAGCAAGAGCACGCUCGUAUAUCUUCAGCGUUAGUUUGGCACUCGUGUUGUGAAUAAUCCUGGGAAAAGCAGAUGCCUACACUGUGUUUAGCAAAGCAAACGUUUUGUGGCUCUACACAAUGUUUUUUGUUGAACGGUGGAUUGGGUUGUAACGUCUCGCCGCAGUCUCUCGGGCAUGUUUGCUCCUGUUCCCUGGGUGUGUCGGCGAGAUCGAGAGCAGCAGGUGAUGUGAAAACAAUAAAGCCUCAAUACAGCUAAAGCUGUUGGAGCUUCUUUUAUUUGACAACUGACCCAAACUCCUGGAAGCCUCUCGUUUGCUUUAAAACAUCAAAUCGAACUGCAUGUGUGCUCUCCAACAGUUAAGAUAAAGAGGCCACGAGGGAAUCAUACUACAGUAUGAACAGGGCAUUUUGUUACAGAACCGUGUUAUUUAACCCCAAUGUCUCAUGAAGAAUAUAUGGAGAAAGGUAUACAAACGCCCAGAGAGAUUGAUUUACCUUAUCGUUAAGUGCAAGUCUUGUAGUGAUUUGAAUCUUAAACGCUCUGAGCAGUUCUGGUUGGUUUAUGCUGGGGAAGGAAGGGGUUAUGCACUGUUAGCAUGCAUUGAUUUAAUUUUUUUUUUUUCGUUUGUUUGUUUUCCAUCGUGUAAUUUUGACCUUGUACAUACAAUUUGUAAACUUGCAUCAAGUUUAUGAAUAAAGAAUUUUAAGAAAUGC